UCUUAUCCUCAUAAUCUGUAGGUUUCUGCUCUCUUUAUACUGCCAUGGACAAGCGUCUAAGGUUACUGUUCAUUCUCUUUAUCAUAAGGCUCCCAACACUGGUUUUAGGGGAGUGUGCCUGUGAUGAAGAGGAUGAAGAUCGAGACAGAGAUAAAGCUCUUAGAUAUAAGAUAGCCGCCAUAGCUUCCAUACUGGUUGGUGGCACAAUUGGGGUGUGCAUACCGAUUAUAGGGAAGAAGAUACCGGCUCUUCAACCCGAAAAGAAUGUAUUCUUCGUUAUAAAGGCGUUUGCAGCGGGAGUGAUUCUGGCAACCGGCUUCAUUCACGUACUUCCUGAUGCUUUUGAGAGCUUAACUUCGCCAUGUCUCAGUGAGAACCCCUGGGCCAAUUUUCCAUUUACCGGCUUUGUGGCCAUGCUAUCGGCUAUCGGGACGCUGAUGGUGGAUAGUUUAUCAACCUCUUACUAUACGAGGUCUCAUUUGAAGAAUUCUCUGCCUGUUCUUGGAGAUGAAGAAAAAGUUGGAGAGCAUGAAGGUCAAGUUUAUGUUCACACACAUGCCACUCAUGGCCAUACUUCUGCUGACGAAGUGGGUUCAGACCUCAUCAGGCAUCGUGUGAUUUCUCAGGUUUUGGAAUUGGGAAUCGUGGCGCAUUCUGUGAUCAUUGGAAUAUCGUUAGGAGCAUCAGAGAGUCCCCAAACAAUAAAGCCUCUGGUGGCUGCUCUCACUUUCCACCAAUUUUUCGAAGGCAUGGGGCUUGGAAGUUGCAUUGUUCAGGCCAAGUUCAAGUCUCGGGCUGCUACGAUUAUGGGGCUGUUCUUCUCCCUCACAACCCCAGUAGGGAUAGGUAUUGGGAUCGGAAUAUCACAAGUUUAUGAUGAAAACAGUUCAACAGCCCUUAUCAUUGAAGGGAUUUUCAAUGCUGCAUCGGCCGGAAUCUUGAUAUAUAUGGCACUGGUUGAUCUUCUAGCCGCAGAUUUCAUGAGCCCCAAGAUGCAGACCAAUGAAAUGCUUAAAGUUAUGGCUAAUAUUUCACUUCUUCUUGGUGCUGGUUGCAUGUCCCUUAUUGCCAAAUGGGCAUAAGUUUGCUUAUUCAAAAGUAGACUCCAUUCAUUUA